GCCACUUUAUGUCCCAGAUGGAUUACUUUAGCAAUGACAGACAAUGAAAAACUUGAAGCGAAAAGAUAUUUUUUCGAAAAAACUAGAAUUCCUGGAAUUGUCAUGUGUGUUGACGGUACUCACAUUAAAAUUCUUAAACCAGCUGCAGGCAAUGCACACCUUUAUUAUAAUCGGAAAGGAUAUUACAGUGUUAAUGCAAUGAUAAUAUGUGACCAUAAGCAAAGAAUAAGGUAUGUGAACAGUAGGUAUGCAGGUGCAAGUCACGAUUCUUUUAUUUGGGAAAAUAGUGAUACUUCCACCUACUUCCAAGCGCAGUAUGAAAAUGGAGACAGAAGCACAAGACUGCUAGGUGAAUCUGGAUAUCCACUGUUACCCUGGCUUAUAACUCCCUUUCGAAGUGCAGGCGUUGAUAGUCCAGAAAGCAGAUUUAAUAAAAGCCAUAGUAAAGGCCGUAUUAUUGUUGAACGGACCAUAGGCGUUUGGAAGAACUGGUGCCGAUGUCUCCUUUCUGCUCGCCAACUACAUUAUGCUCCUGAGAAAGUGGUUCAAAUUGUAAACGUUGCGGCAGCACUUCACAACAUUCGAAUACAUUAUAAUAUUUCCGACGAAUACCAGGAGGAAGUCUACGAACCCGAUGAAUAUGUAGGCGAACCUGUACAACCUCAACGAUAUACAAAUGAAGCAACUCAAAUUCGCAAUGAGAUGUUACGUAGCUUUUUGUAAAAUAAA